AUGCUUCGUGGUGUCGUUUACAAAGGCGUGAAGUUGAUCACUACUGAAGCGUACGAAAUGUAUGCGGAAAUUGCAAUUGGCUGGGAGCUUUGCGACCGGGUCUUCACUUUGGCAGGAAUUCUGACCCCGGCAUCGGUCGUAACAGUCAUGGCGGAGCGAUUCAACUUGCACAGCCAGCUUGAGCAUUUGCAAUCAAAACACGUCGGAACAGGACACGGAGAUAUCAGCAAAUUCGAAUGGCUGAGCAAUCAGCACCGUGACUCUGCGGCGUCGUACGUUGGCCACCCCAACAUGCUGGCUUAUUUUGCGGUUGUCGAGAACGAGCCAGUCGAGCGAGUUCGCGUCAACUUGUUGAAGAAAAUGCUACAACCUUGCGGCCCACCACCCCCGAAAGCCGACUGAGUUUUUGACGUGCACCACUACAUUUCCCCCCCCCCUUCUUCGUUUGCAAUUUACCAUAUCAACAUGAGCAAAAUUCACAAAAUAGUGUAGUUUAUAGUUGCUAGAGAAAAGCUACAACACAAUUG